AGACAUGAGUUGUCUCAGUUAUAGCGGUCACAAGGUGGAGCAGGGCCAGUUGAACUACUGCUUUGAUCGGCAGCUUGUGUCUCUACUUCUGCUUUUGUUUUUGCGUACAACUCUCUCAGGGGUUUGGAAAGUUACGUCUUGAGUUUUUCCUCAAACAUUUUGGAAUCAACAUGGACACUACUGGAAAGGUGAUAAAAUGUAAGGCAGCUGUGGCCUGGGAGCCCAACAAGCCUUUGGUCAUUGAAGAAAUCGAGGUGGCUCCUCCACAGGCCAAUGAGGUUCGCAUUAAGAUUGUGGCAACUGCAGUGUGCCACACAGACCUGUACCACCUGUACGAGGGAAUGCCCAAAGAUGGCUUCCCUGUUGUACUUGGACAUGAGGCCGCUGGAAUUGUGGAGAGUGUGGGCUCUGGAGUUACAGAAUUCAAAAAUGGUGACAAGGUGAUCCCUGUGUUCCUCUCACAGUGCCGUGAGUGUCACUUCUGUAAGAGUCCAAAGACAAACCAAUGUGUGAAAGCCUGGACUGAAGUCAUCAUGGAUAUCAUGUGUCCAAUAGACUCCAGGUUCAGCUGUAAAGGGAAAAAAAUUCUGCAGUUUUCUGGCCUUGGUACUUUUACGGAGUACACUGUGGUUCGACAAAUUAACUUGGCUAAGAUCCACCCUGACGCUCCCCUGGAUAAAGUGUGUCUCAUCGGCUGUGGGAUUUGCACUGGAUAUGGAUCAGCUGUUAACACAGCUAAGGUAGAGGAGGGCUCCACCUGUGCUGUGUUUGGCCUGGGAGCUGUGGGUCUUGCUGCAGUUAUGGGCUGUAAGGCGGCAGGAGCCAAGAGGAUUAUUGCUGUGGACACAAACCCUGAGAAGUUUGAGAAAGCCAAGAUUUUUGGAGCCACUGACUUUGUGAACCCCAAGGACCACAGCAAACCCAUCCACGAGGUUCUGGUGGAGAUGACCAACGGAGGAGUGGACUUCUCCCUGGAGUGUGUGGGGAAUGCAUCUGUCAUGGAAAGUGCUCUUCACUCCACAGUAAAGGCCUGGGGGGUGAGUGUGAUUGUGGGCUACACUCUGGUUCAGAGUUUCACAGCCCGACCUGUGGACCUCAUUUCUGGACGCACAUGGAAGGGGGCGCUGUUUGGAGGAUUCAAGGCUAAGGAUGGGGUGAUGGAGAUGGUCAAACGCUACAUGGAAAAAAAGCUGAUGGUGGAUGAGUUUAUUACACACAACAUGGACUUGUGUCAGAUCAUGGAAGCUGUAGAACUCAUGAAGAAGGCGAAAUGUGUCCGGGCCGUCCUGAAGACCUCUCCACAGUAGAUCAACAGUAUUGAUCCCACAGAUAUGUGUCCAUUUAGAUCGUUAUGGAUAGCAAUGCUGUAUUUAGUUAAAUAAAAAAUGUAUUAAAGUAAAACAGUAUAACUUGGAGGCUGCACAUCUUUCUAUUUAUUUUACACCUCUAUGGAGAUAGACAAGUUUUAUGCCUACUGUGAAAUAUUAUAGCCAAAGGAACAUUUCCAUGGAGACAAGCAGAAGGAGGCCAUCUUCCAGGCCAAAUAAAGAGAUGGAUUUGUACAGGCUCACCGUAACGGCUGAGAUUUUCAGUGUAAUAAAAACAUUAAAAAUGUAAAAAUAAAAAUAAAAAAAAUUCUUGAUUCUUA